AGUCGAUAUACCAGGUGAGCUGGACGUUUCUUGGAAGAGGAAGUGAAGCUGAUGUCAAGAUGGUUUUGAUCAGUACUCUCCUCACUGCCACAUUUGCCGGUCUGAUCGUUCUUGCUACUACGGCAUCGAUCUUUGGCGGGACGGGUCUUAGCAGUGAACCGCUUCACAGGGAACCCGUCGGUGAACCCGAGGACUGGAGUACGGAUGAAUUGAAGAAAUGGUUGAAGGAGCGCAAACUCCGCUUCGAGAAGAAUGCGACACGCGAACAGCUGAUUGAAAUGGUGAAGGUCGCUAGGCCGGCCAAUCUCACUGGAACCAGUCAAAGGGCAUACGGGGCUGUCUAAACCUGAACGCAGGCGGUGCGCAUCUUCAGCU